AUGGGGACGGCAGAAGAGUACCAACCGCUACUUAACGGACUCGACUCACAUUCCCGGAUUCCUGACCUUUCGUCCACUGCCGUUGAAGAGUUCCUGGAGCACAAGCCCGUUGCAGUUCGGUGGUGGCUUAGGCUGGUGGCAUGGGAGUCAAGGCUCUUAUGGACUUUAUCCGGCUCAUCUAUCAUCGUCUCCAUAUUCAACUACAUGCUCAGCUUUACCACCCUCAUGUUUUGUGGGCAUUUGAGUGCCUUGGAGCUUGCUGGUGCCUCUAUUGCCAGUGUGGGAAUUCAGGGUCUUGCUUAUGGUAUUAUGUUGGGAAUGGCAAGUGCUGUGCAAACAGUGUGUGGGCAAGCAUAUGGAGCCAGACAGUAUCCAGCAAUGGGAAUCAUAUGCCAACGAGCAAUCGUCCUGCACUUGGGAGCAGCAGUCCUCCUAACAUUUUUGUACUGGUGGUCAGGUCCAAUCCUCAUAGCCAUUGGCCAAACAGAGGAAAUAGCCGAGCAGGGACAAGUAUUUGCCAGAGGAAUAGUCCCACAGCUCUAUGCAUUUGCCAUAAACUGCCCUCAGCAGAGGUUUCUCCAAGCACAAAACAUUGUCAACCCUCUGGCUUUUAUGUCGUUCGGGGUUUUCCUCGUCCACAUUCUGCUCAGUUGGGUGGUGGUUUAUGUGGCGGAUUAUGGGCUGACGGGGGCGGCUCUCACUCUGAGUUUCUCAUGGUGGCUUCUUGUCAUCGUAUAUGGGAUUUACAUUGUUGUCAGCCCCAAGUGUAAGGAGACUUGGACUGGCUUCUCUGGGAAGGCCUUUUGGGGCAUUUGGCCUUACUUUAAGUUGACUGUUGCAUCCGCUAUCAUGCUCUGUUUGGAGAUUUGGUACAGCCAAGGGCUGGUGCUGAUAUCAGGGCUUCUCGCCAAUCCUACCAUCGCACUGGACUCCAUUUCUAUUUGCAUGAACUACUUGAACUGGGACAUGCAAUUUAUGUUAGGGCUAGCCGCGGCAGCCAGUGUUCGAGUCAGUAACGAGCUCGGUGCCGGCAACGGGAAGGUGGCCAAGUUUUCGGUGUUUGUAGUGAACGGGACGAGCAUACUGAUUAGCAUAAUCUUCACCGCGAUUAUAUUGAUAUUCCGAGUCGCACUAAGCAAGCUUUUUACGAGCGACGACGAGGUUGUCACGGCGGUAUCGAAUUUAACCCCACUGCUGGCCAUCUCUGUUUUCUUGAAUGGCAUUCAACCUAUACUCUCAGGGGUGGCGAUCGGAAGUGGAUGGCAAGCUGUUGUGGCGUAUGUUAACCUGACAUGUUACUACAUUAUCGGUCUUCCAAUCGGAUGUGUUCUGGGCUUCAAAACCAGCAUGGGAGUAGCAGGUAUUUGGUGGGGUUUGAUCAUUGGAGUUUUUCUACAAACAGUAACUCUAAUUGUUCUCACUGCAAGAACAAACUGGACUGCUGAGGUUGAAAAAACGGCUGAACGAUUGAAGAGAUCUGCAAGUGCAGAACGAUUGAAGAGAUCUGCAAGUGCAGAAAGAUUAGACUUGGUGACCGAUAUAUGA